CCGGACUGUAUUUUGAGGAGGACAGGAGGUUGAGUAACCGGAAGAGGAGCAUCAGCAGCAACCAUGGCGGAGACGCACAGCUUGCAGGACCUGCGGCAAGCAGCCGUCGCCUCCAAGGUUUUCGUUCAGAGAGACUACACUUCCGGCACUAUCUGCAAGUUUCAGACCAAGUUCCCUGCAGAGCUGGAGAGCAGGAUUGACAAGCAGCAGUUUGAGGAGACCAUGCAGACCCUGAAUAAUCUCUAUGCCGAGGCGGAGAAGCUUGGCGGCAGGUCUUACCUGGAGGGCUGUCUGGCCUGCCUCACUGCGUACACAAUCUUCCUCUGCAUGGAGACCCACUAUGAGAAAGUGCUGAAAAAGAUUGCCAAGUACAUCCAGGAGCAGAAUGAGAAGAUCUUUGCUCCCCUUGGGCUUCUCCUGACUGACCCCAUAGAGAGGGGACUGAGGGUUGUGGAGAUCACUAUUUUUGAGGAUAGAAGUAUUGGUUCAAGAUAAAACACACCAAAGGAUCAUGUUUGGAACGUGAUUAUUGGCCUGCUGGACUCAGAACCUGCUUCUCCAUCUCAUGAUAUCACAACCCUAUUGCUUUAAAUGUAGAUAGUAUACCUUUAUUUUCCGACCAUUGAUUCAUUAAUAUUUUAUUUUUUGACUGAGGGAGAGACUGAUUAUUAUAUAAUGCUUCUUAAACUCUCCAAUUCAGCUUUCCCUCAGUUAGCAGCUUUCCAAUGUGUUACUUAAUCUGAGUUUUAAUAUCUGUUGUGCCAUGUAAUUUUUUUUUAUUGCUGGAUAUUGAUUUCUCUGCUUUAUGAUCCUUUCUCUUGUUUUCUGUAAAUACUUGUCUUGAAUGGGAAGUAUAUAUUAAGUGCACAAUGUUCUGUCUCAAUACAGUUGCAUCUUGAUUAUUAGGAUCGUUCUCAUGGUAAAAAAAUUGUUUGAGAAAUCUGAUCAUCAAAUAUGUGCUUGUUAAAACUGUCAAUACAUUCAUCAUGUGUACAUGAAAAUUUGACACUGAUAUUUAAAAUUAGUUGUAUUUCAUGAUUGUAAGUAAUAAUCAGUUUAGUUUAUAACAUUGUUCCAUUCCCCUCUAUGAAAAAGAAAGUUUUCUUUUGUAACACUACAUUUUACUCUAUUUACCAAUGAACUACUGUAAUUUUAUUUGGGUCUUCAAUAUAAUCCUUAUUACACACAAAUGCCAUAAAAUCCUUAAAAGGCAUGGUUUGCAUUUAAUAUUGCAUAUCCAGCUUGUAUUUCAGACUGCUGUCAGCUCUAACUGUUUCUUGCGUAAAUCUUUUUAUCAGUGUUGUAUCAUAGUCUUUUUUGAAAAUCUUUUGACACUUAUUUAAACUGUGUAUCGUACAAUAAAUAGUGUUUUCUUGAACAAA